AUUUGCUUACUCACCAAAUUCGUAGCUGCAUACGACCAUUUUCAUCAGUUAAAACGGUGUCGUUAAACCCUGCUUCACCCCAACCAAGUAAGACGUAAAACCCUAUUACUACGUUUUGGGUCACAGAAGAGUGAAAGAGAACACCGCUUCACAAGCAUGGAGGAAGAACAAAUCGAGAAGAGAGCAGUGAGAAUAUUCGUCGGAGGAUUGGGUGAAGCCGUAACCACCGAAGACCUUCGCCGCCUAUUCGAAUCACUGGGCAUCGUUCAAUCAAUCGAAACCAUCCGAACCAAAGGCCGCAGCCUCGCUUACCUUGACUUCCUCUCCGAUCCUAAAUCCCUUUCCAAACUUUUCAGCAAGUAUAAUGGGUGUGUGUGGAAAGGUGGAAAGCUUAGACUUGAAAAGGCUAAAGAGCACUACCUCGAUCGAUUGAAAAAAGAAUGGGAAGAAGACAAGAUUCUUAGUAUCAAACCACCAGUUACUGAGAUUUCUACUCAAAAGGAGGAUUUGGUCAAGGAAAAGCCUAAUUCACGGCGCAUUUUGGAUUCAGAUGCUAAGCCUCUUAGUAUUUUCUUCCCAAGAUUAAGAACGGUGAAAUCCAUACCAUUCAGUGGAACUGGCAAGCACAAAUAUAGUUUCCAGAAUAUUAAAGUUCCUCCUCUCCCUGUGCAUUUUUGUGAUUGUGAGGAACAUUGUAGUCCUUUUAUCCCUAAAAAGGAAAAGUUAUCUAUGAAUACGGCAGUUGAAACUGGUGGAAUUAAUGAUGAAGAAAUUAACAUCAUGAAUGCUGUGAUGAGCAAGCUUUUUGAAAAAGAGAAGGUUUCUAACACCAAGCAACUUGGAAAGAAGCAUGAUUCAUUUGAAUCUCCUGAUGCUUUACAAUCUAAUAAAGGUGAAGUAGAAAGUGCAACAGAUGUAGAUGUUGAUAUUGAUGAUGAUGAUGAUGAUGAUGAUGAUGAUGAUGAUGAUGGUCUCAUAAUCAACAUUGCAACGAAGAAAAAGAAAGCAGCUUUAACAGGGACCCAAGAACUUGAAAGGAUCUUGGAAAAUCAGGAAUGGUCCAAUAAAACAAAUGUUGCAGAGGAAGAACCCAUUGAAGUGCAGAAAAGGAGCAACAACAAUCCUGACAAGGUCAAGAAGAGAAAACCACUUCCCAAAUCAGAAAGCAACAGCAAUGAAGGCGUGGUGUCCAGUGCCCCUGCUGGCAAGAGUAAAAUGCAGACCCUUCUAGAUGACCUGGGAUCUGGCGAACAGCCUACUGAACCAGGAUAUGAUCUUGGGGAAUCGGGUAAAGUUUCAUGGUCGCAGAAAUCUUCAUGGAAAGAACUUGUCGGUAAAGGAGGCAAUGCUUCCUUCAGCGCCUCUCUCGUAUUGCCGAAGUAUGAUUCUGGUAAAGAUCAACAAAAUUCUGAUGAUUCUUGCACUUCUUCAUCUACAAAUGAUGAAACUGAAGACAUGGAAAGUGAUGAAUCUCAACCUGAAGACAUGGAAAGUGAUGAAUCUCAACCUGAAGACAUGGAAAGUGAAGAAUCUCAACCUGAAGACAUGGAAAGUGAUGAAUCUCAACCUUCCCAUGCACAAGUGACAGAAGUACCUGCUGAAUCUCAACCUACCAAUGCACAUGUGGUAGAAGAGCAUGCUGAAUCUCAACCUACCAAUUCACCAGUGCUAGAAGAACCUGCUGAGGCUCAACCUACCCCUAAACAAGGGAUGACUGAACCUGCUGAAACUCAGCACAAGACGGCUCCAAAAAUAACAGGCAGAGGUUCUUCAUGGCUGCAAAAGGAAUCCUGGACCCAACUGGUUAAUAAUGAUAACAAUUCAUUUAGAAUUUCACAAAUUUUGCCUGACAUCACUUUCCCGGAACAAACAGCCAAGGAGCCGAUUUUGUACCCUGCCAAUUCCAAUGAUAGCAAGCAUAAUGGUGCUGAUAAGAAUACUAUUAGUAGAACUGUCAAUGAUGGCUUCAACUUAGGGGAGAUUGUACCGGAGAAUAGUAAGCAUGCUGGUGCUGAUGAUAUAGUUUCUGCUCCAGUAGUUGAGAAAACAGUUGAAACAAGUUCAAGGGAAGGAUCCAUUGCAAAUGUUGAAAUAGGAGAAACUUGCUUAUUUAUGAGAAGUGCCGCUUCAUUGAAAGAGUGGGCAAAAGCUAAAGCUGCUGUUAGUGGAUCACUUAAAAGAAAACACAGUGAGAAGUAAGGGAUCAAUUCUAUGUUCCUCAUUUAAUUUUUACACAGUUAUUGUUAAUGUUGGUUCCAGGGAAGGAACCCAAAAAGUUGCCGAAUCAAGAUAUCAAAGAUAGUUAUAAUACCCGAUCAAGGGUAGGUUUCAAGAUUUUGAUGAAAAUUAUUUCUUGAAUUCUAGGGGUUUUGGUAAUCUAGAUUCCUCAAUGAAACCUUUUGUUGUCAACAAUAUAAUUAACUUUUUUUUUUGGGGUCAAUACCAUCUGGUGGGACUCCAUCCUUAAUGAUAUUAGUGCAGUUUUUUUGGUCA